GGGCAUUUGUAGUGGAACAAUUACUUUAAAAGAUCUAGAUAACAAUCUCAAUAGAAUUAUUACUGGAACUAUUCUUGAAGAAGCAUUACAGUUAAUUCGAUAUGAUAAUAUUAAAGGUUCAAUUAUUGAAUAUGAACAAAUCUUACCAGAUAAAAAAGUUUUAUAUAAAAUUCCUCCUCGUUCUAAUUAUAUAGUUGAACCAAAGGUUAUUAGUAACAAAUUUGCUGGAUUGAUCAUUUCUUGGAUUGAUAGAAGGGACCAUAUGGAAUCCCAAUACACUGGGUUUAAUAGUCCAUUCAGAUUUAGGCAUAUUUUUCGCAUGCAUGAUAAAUCAAAAUUCUCUACUCAACUUUAUAGAUUUCAUCAUUAUUCGAACAAGUUACCAACAAUAAAAUGUUACGAGGGUCCUUCAUUAAUGAUAAUGAACUUAAAAAUUCUGGAAAAUUCAUUGGUGCUUACAAUCCCAUUCAAUGGAAACAAGGUUCAAAGUAGCAUUUGUGGCUCUACAUCAGAAAAUUUUAUUUUUACCUAUGACGAUAAAUAUGGUUCAAAUUAUCGGUUAUGUAGAGUUAAAAAUUUUGAUCAUGCUGUCUGCCUAGUAAGUGACUUUGGCGGCCUUUUAAAUUUCGGUGAAGAUUUAAUGUUUAAAUUUGAUAAAGAAAAUCUUAGAUGUCAUAUUAAGUGUAAAUUUUAUGAGCCAACUACAUUGGCUGAAGGUAUAUAUGAGGUCGAAGAAUGGAAUGUUUAUAAAGUCAGAAGAAAAGAUGAUCAACCAAUGAGGGUAAUGACCAAAAAUCCUGAAAAAGAUUUAUACCUUAAAUCUAAUAUGCCAUUUCAAUUUACACCUAUAUUUCGUAUGAAUAAUCAUACGGCUUUCUAUCCUAAACAAUUUUAUAAUCAAUCAACGAAUAGGUUAUUGCCAACCAUGAAAUGCCAUCAUGAACCUUCAUUGAUGUUAAUGAAAUUAAAAAAUGGAAAAAUUGUUGGUGCUUAUAAUCCCCUCGAUUGGACAUAUGGUGUGAAUGAUGGAGUAAAUUAUCGAUUAAGCCGUGUUGUAAAUUUUGAUGAAGCAAUCGCCUCUAAGAAAAUAAGUACUAAUAGAAAAGAACUCAAUGAUUUAAUAUUAAGAUUUGAGCAGAAUGGUCAUUAUGAACAACCGGCUAUAUUACCUUCUGGAAAUUAUGAAAUUGGUCAAUGGGAAAUUUUUAGGGUUUCUAAAAAAGAUCCGGAAGCUUUAGAUAUGGAAUAG